AUGGCUCUGAAGCUUCCGUUCCACGGCGAGGUCGGGAGCAUUUCCUUCUUGGAUUCUAGCCGGGGGACAUUCCACAAGGUGAAAGGUGAGCUCCUCAGUCUGUGCGGCGUGUGUCUCUAUGUGUGGCCGUGACCGUUGUCUCUGUCUUAUAGCGUUUUCUAUCCGUGGACUCCCCUUCGUCCUCCGGUGCUUCUGGAUGUGUUUCUAUCGUGCCAUGGAGAAGUUUGGCUGUCUACAAGUGAUCGCGUCCUUUCUUUAGUCGAAGUUGUUUGUGUUUUGGAUGGGACCGGAUUCGCGACUAGAUGUAUGAAUUAUCUGGAGCUCGGUGUUUAUUUUACAUGGAUAAGAUUCUGGAAUCAGGAUAGCCUUUUAUUUUCGAGCUCUCUUUUCCAUAUCCCGUUUUAAGCAUAACCGAUUAAUGUUCACUGCUCCUUUCUACCACGUAUCCUACUAAACACAGCUGAUUAUUGUCUGCUGUGUUUAGUAGGAUAGCAUAUUCAUUCAUGAGCUACCAUAAACUUUUCGGAGACUGGUUCCGCGUGGAAUCGCUCCUUUGCGCAGUUUUCUGCUUGUCUGCAUCAUGAACUGUUUGCUCUUGAUUAAAGAUUAUCAGGUGAUUAAUUUUUCUCUCCAGUAGGACUCGUUCAGAAGAGGUUGAAGGAAGUAAGGUCUACUGGGAGAACCUAUUGCUCGGCGCAGCAGGGUCCCCCACCAGCCUGGCCUGGUCGUGCGAUUGCGGAACCAGGCUACCACGUAUGGGAUGGUCCGAAGCCUAUUUCUAUUGUGGGGUCAACAGGAUCAAUCGGAACUCAGGUAACUAUAUUCAUUUUUCGACUUAUCUUGGGUAUCUCCGAGUGUAUCUAGUAUUUUCCGUUUAAAACUGGUAAACGUUUGUAAUGUAGCGUGUAAAAGAUUCCUUUAGAUGUCCAAUAAAUAUCUGCCUGAAAAAACAGAUGCCUGACCAGAUCAGAUCCACCCCUUGAAACCUAUUGAAUGUUUUGAAUACUGAACUCCUGCUGAAAAGUUUUGGUAUCGUCUGGGAGGUUGUCUGAAAAUAUUUUCCUCUGACAAGAUGUUACAGUUUUUGGUAAUCAAUGCCAGCCUUAAUUAAACGUGAAUACUCAUUUUCAACCAUUAAAAAUCUUUAAAAUGUUGUUUGCAGACACUGGAUAUAGUUGCUGAGCAUCCAGAUAAAUUCAAGGUUGUUGCACUUGCUGCUGGUUCGAAUGUGGCUCUUCUUGCUGAUCAGGUAUAUUUUUCUCUUAAGAUUUGAAACAUUAGUUCAUUUGAUCAAAUUUCGUUAUUCGCGUGUUAUCUCCCUGCUUUUAGGUGAAAAACUUCAAACCUCAGUUGGUUUCCGUAAGAGAUGAGUCAUUGGUCGGUGAACUUAAAGAGGCUUUGGCUGAUUGUGAUGACAAACCUGAAAUCAUCCCUGGAGAAGAGGGCAUUAUAGAGGCAAGUUGAAAUUUCUAUCAUUGUCUUGUUACUCAGGUUAGAAUUACUAGCAUCCAAUUUAAUAGGCUGGAUUAUGUGUUCAAAAAUUUCAGGUCGCUCGCCAUCCAGACGCCAUUACUGUUGUUACAGGAAUAGUAGGCUGUGCAGGAUUGAAGGUAAAACUUUCCGUUUAUGUUUUACUGAUACCGUUUUUUGUUUCCUUACAAUAUUUAUCCUAUUAUAUAUUUUGAAUUUCUCUUUUUCUGAACUAUUAUUGCGAAAAGUCCAAUAAUGAGAUCAAAUAAUUUUGGAGUUUCCGGUUAUUUUAAAGUAUCAUAAAAUACUUGAUCAAGCAACUAUUUUUACAUGAAAAACAUGUACCUCGUAAGCUAUGUGACCAGCACGUAUCUCUGCAGAUGCUGCUGAGUAGUUGCAAUGUGAGAGGGCCUAUUUCAAUGUAUUUAUUCUGAUGAGGAACUAUUGACAGUCAAGUUCAGAACUCUGUACGAAAGAAACAAGAUCCCACCAAGAUGGCCAUCAAUGUUCAAUGUCUGGUCCCCAACCCCUUCUGUUAACGUUCAAUUUCUUAGUACUUGACAGUCGACGUUACUCUUGAACUUUCCCUAACCAUGUACACUUUGGUCAUAUUUUACAUUUCGUUAAUUGCCUUGAAGUCGCUAAUCAAAUGGGAAAUUUUGGUAUUUAUGUAAGUUUAAGAGUCUUGUGUAGUUUAAACGUCUUUAUCCUGGUUGCCAGAAACGUGAUGAUUAAGAAUAUCGAAAAAUAAGGAUGUGAAUUCCUUUGGUCUUACGAAUAAACGUAUCUUUACACUUUGCCUGUUUUUUCUUGAUGCUUCAUCAGCCCACUGUAGCAGCAAUUAAGGCAGGAAAAAACAUAGCGCUGGCAAACAAGGAAACACUCAUCGCUGGAGGACCUUUCGUACUUCCCCUUGCUCACAAGUAUAACGUUAAAAUACUUCCGGCAGAUUCCGAACAUUCUGCCAUAUUUCAGGUUUGGAGCUUUUAUGAUACUGAAGUAGAUGUGUGCUAACUCUUCAUCCUUUCCAUUCUCGCUUUUUAUUGUCAAUUGUUGAUAGUGCCCUCUUUUCUGCAGUGUAUACAAGGUUUGCCUGAAGGAGCGCUCAGAGGUAUCAUUUUAACUGCAUCAGGAGGAUCCUUCAGGUGCGAACUGUAAUUGAUAAAAACUUUAAAAAUAUUUAAAACAUUUCAAAUAAUUAGACGAGGUUCAGCUAUUCAGGAUUCGUUGUGUGAAUUCAGGGAAGAAUAUUUUCAUAAUUUCCAAAGAAAUGAUGUUCAAAUGAUACCUUGCUGUAAGCUGUGAUAUUACUCGUAAUAUAUUUCUCACUUUGAGGGCUUCCUACCGUCCAAUCAUUGUCUUAGCAUAGAGCUCUAGAUAUCAAAAAACCAGUUCUUCACUUCACUGUAUGAAAUGUCUCAUAUCUUCAUUUUAUGGUUUUCUUGGCAGGGAUUGGCCCGUUGAAAAGUUGAAAGAAGUGAAAGUUGCUGAUGCAUUGAAACAUCCAAACUGGAACAUGGGGAAGAAGAUUACAGUGGAUUCUGCUACUCUCUUCAAUAAGGUGCUUUUCAUUCAUAGUGGACGGGGGGAGUACAAGUCGAUAUCCAUUCCAUAUGGUUAGUGGUCAGAAAGAUCAUGUCAACCAUUCAUGAAUAUCAGUCUUAAAGUUAGAUCCCAUAGUAGUAUUGGGUCUACUACAGGAUUGAGAAAAAAUAAAAUGGAUAGAAUGUGUAGAGUUGGCAUUAAUGUUAUAUACGACGAGGGUUCUCUUCCUUUUUAUUGUGCUGCUUACAUACCGUUCCAUCAGUGGUUAACACCAGUUUUUUCUUUCUUUCUUACCAGGGUUUAGAGGUUAUCGAGGCUCAUUAUCUAUUUGGGGCUGAAUAUGAUAAUAUUGAGAUCGUGAUUCAUCCGCAAUCCAUCAUACAUUCAAUGAUUGAGACACAGGUCUUUCUUUCCCUCCCCCCAACCCCCCCUCCCAUCCAUAUGUAGGAGAUGUGAUAAGGAAUAAUUGGUAUUCCAAAGAAAAUUUCUUUCUGUCUAAGAGGAUGCACUCCAUUGGAAUAGAAUAAUAAAUUGAAAAUAAUCUAUAUUGGAAUAUUAUUCAAUGAACACAAAUUCCUGAUAGGCUGUGUUUUUCUCUCAGGAUUCAUCAGUUCUAGCUCAGCUGGGAUGGCCUGACAUGCGUCUGCCAAUUUUGUACACUCUAUCUUGGCCAGACAGAAUACACUGCUCAGAAGUCACAUGGCCUCGGCUUGACCUCUGCAAGUAUGCCCCUCUUCUAUAUAAUAAACAGAUUUGGAGUCCCAUUCGCUGCUCCACUCUGUGAUAGAAAUCUAUUUUAGUCAACACUGUUUAGUUCCAUAGUUCUGCAUUAAAACAUAAGAAACUAUUGGCGUGUUCUUUUCAUGAUUCCAAGUACCCAUUAUGUUUCUCUCUCCUGGAAGAGCAUUGACAAUGUCUAUCUCAUAACGCGUUCCAUCGAAAGUCAUUGGCACCGCGUACAACUUUGACCUUUUUGAAGGAUAAAAUAUGCUCAUGAUCCAUUUCCCUGUUAUUUCUGAAAAGAAUAUGGUUGAUAUCCCUUUAUGACUGGUACGAAUCUGGUUGAUUUGAACAGAAUAUUACGCCUUACUUUCCCUAAAUGUGCAACUGAAGUUGAAUGUUAUGUUGCCUGGUGACACCCAGAUGAAUCUAGCCUUCUAAUUAAUAUGAUAAUCUUAUGGUAUUUUAUAAUUUGAUUUUUCAGGUUGGGUUCACUAACGUUUAAGGCUCCAGAUAACGUGAAGUAUCCGUCCAUGGAUCUGGCCUAUGCAGCUGGGCGUGCUGGAGGCACCAUGACCGGAGUCCUCAGUGCGGCCAAUGAGAAAGCUGUGGAGAUGUUUAUUGAUGAAAAGUACGUUGCAUCUUUUCACGAUUCAUGUCUAAACCCAUACGAACGGUGCAGAUUCAUUUUCUGCACAUCCAUGCAGAGAUUCAUUUGUUUUUUUACCCGAUUUGGCAUACAUUCAUGGUACCAGAAAUUCCAUUAAAGGCAUCAAAGUAGUCAUCCCCAUGCCAUCACAUCCUCUGAGCUCAUUUCCUCAAAUACUUAACAUGCAUUCAUCGUAUUUUAAGAAACAAAUCUCUGCAACGAGUUUCCCAAGAACUGGACAUUUUUUCUGCUCCCAGGAUCAGCUAUCUGGACAUAUUCAAGGUCGUGGAGAAGACAUGUGACGCCCACAGGAACGACCUGGUCGCCGAACCAAGCCUGGAGGAGAUCGUACAUUACGACUUGUGGGCUCGAAGGCAUGCCGCCGAUCUACAGCAUUCAUCAGGUUUGCACCCUGUUCCUGCUUAG